AUGGUGCUGCGGGAGCCGCGCUGCGCCGGGAGCCGGGAACAGCGGCACGAACGGGAACAGCGGGCACGGGGGUGGCUCCGGCACGGGGCGGGGGGACCGCGGGGAGGAGCGGGGGCGGGCACUGGGAGCCGGGACCGGGAAGUGGCGUUGGGCACCGGGAGCUGGUCCUGGGCACUGGGAAUUGGGACUGGGCACCGGGAACUGGGACCGGGAAGUGGCGUUGGGCACCGGGAGCUGGUCCUGGCCCCACCCACCUGGUCACGCCUCCGCCCCGUACGCCUCCGUUUCCGCGUCGUGCGGUGCACGCCGGGAAUUGUAGUCCCGCGCGCCAUCCCUAGCGGGCGGAGGUGCGGACUACAGCUCCCGGCGUGCAGCGAGGCUGCGCCUGCGCAGUGCGGCGGCCUCGGGCUGGGGGCGCUGAGGGGUCAGAGGGGCUGGAGCGGGACCGGGUCUGGAACGAGCCUGGAACGGACUCCCGAGGGGCUGGGACGGGCUCCUGAGGGGGUGUCAGUCGCCGGGACGCCCCGUUGCCACCAGCCCUUCUCUCCCGCAGGCCAUGAGCGGCGCCGCGGGCUGGGAGCGGCCGGAGGAAUGGCCACAGGAGCGGCCGGAGGAGCGGCAGCGCGUGGUGCCCCCGGCAAGUCCCGUCCCGAGCGUAUGCCAGCUCUGGGGCAGGGAGGUGUCCUGCAGGAGCUGGUGCUCGCAGACGGGCAGCCCCCAGCGCCUGGGAUCAGCGAGGAGCAGCGCCAGGCCCAGGAGGAGUGGGAGGCUCUGGAGGAGAUCCAGUCAGGGUUGGGGGGCACCUCGGGCACGCCCCCCCCUCCGAUUUCCUUCUCGGAGGCGCUGCAGCACUUCCAGAGCGCGGAGCUGCCCUGCAGCCGGGGCUCGGCCCGGGCCCCGGCGCGCCGCGGCGUCCUGGCCGCCCUGCUGCGCUGCCUCGGCGGGCCGCCCCGGCUGCGCCCGCAGCUCCGCGGCGAGCAGGAGCUGGCGCUGGCCAUGGCGCAGUGUGCCCUGGAUGACUCGGAGCGGGUGCACAUGCGGAUCCUGCAGACCAUCUACCGGCAGCUGACGCGCUCCAGGCUGGGCUGCCCGCGCUACGGGGCACACUGGGAGGAGCUGGGCUUCCAGGGUGCAGAUCCUGGCACUGACCUGCGUGGGACAGGAAUGCUGGGGCUGAUGCAGAUCCUGUUCUUUGUCCUGGAUUCCCGGACGCUGCCGCUGGCACGGGAGAUCUUCCAGCUCUCCCAGCAUGAAACCCAGAAUUUUCCCUUCUGCGUCAUGUCAGUGAACAUCACGCGGAUCGUGAUCCAGGCGCUGCAGGAGGAGCGGCUCUCCCGGGAGUGCAACCGGCGGCAGCAGGUGAUCGCGGUGCUCAACGACCUCUACGCCGCCGCCUUCCUGCGCCUCUCCCGCCUCUGGGAGCAGCAGCACGGCACCGUGGCCAACGCUGGCUUCUUCCUCAAGGAGCUGGAAUUAUCCACCAAAAAGAAGCCGAGGCAGCUGCUGAAAUCCCUGGAAGCCUACCUGAGCCGUGGCCUUCGGCCUCCCUCCCCUCCCUCCGCCCAGAUCCACUUCAGCAGCAUUUGUGACCCUGGCGUGGAGCUGGAGGGAGAUGCCUGACUGCUCUGGCACGGAGGGUGGUCCCGGAGGUGCGAGGCCCCCGCCCCUCCGCAGGUCACCCGGGGCCGCUUUGGCCUCUCCAGGCCGCUGCGCCCCGUGGGCUCGGAGCCGUGGGACGGGCAGAGCUGGGCACGGGACGGGGACGGGGACGGGGCUGGUGGUGCCGGGUGGUGGGGACCGGCCCUGGGGGCACCGGCACCGGGACGGGCCGGGAGCGGCGGCGGGGCUGGAGACCCAGGGGUGACGGGGAUCCCCCCGGGGCCACCGGGGCUGGGCUGA